UCUUCUUGUGUUAAGAAAAAAAUCAAUAUACACUCUUUCUACAUAUGUAGAUACAAGUUUAUUUUUUCCAUCUAGUCGAUAUCUUGCGCGAUGCUUUUGUACAUUUUUGGUAUGUACUAAUUGAAAAUAGGCUUAUUUUCCAAAUAGCCAAAAAUGGGUGAUAAAAUUUUUAAUGAAAAGUUAGAGAGAAAUACGAAGAAAAAUGAGAAAAUGUUUCUGGCUAGAUAGUGAAUUUGUAUUUUGUAUGUAUUAAAUAAAAGGCAAUUUCCCAUUGGAAAUUGGUUUGGCUGCAUUGGUGGAAUAAACCAAAAAAAUUUAUAGUCAGAAAGUGUCUUGGAUAAGAAUUUUCCUUGGGCCCAAAAAUUAAGGUUAGGCAGCCCCUAAUUGGAGAGAACGCAUGACCAAAGAUUAGUGUUUCAUGAGGAGCGAUGGUGCGUAUGGAAGGAGCGUUGAUGGGUGAAAAAUGUGAUGCUUGGUGUUGGUAUCUGGAAGAUGUAUUUUUGCUGCAUACACCUGAUGAGCCUGACUGGGUGAGACCGAAUCAUGUCAUUGAGAACGAGAAAAAUAAGGCGCUUCAGCUCACACCUAAGCAAGAAUGUGACUUGAUUAAUGGACAGAUCCAAGCCAGCGAGGGCUUCGAUGCUGAUUGGACCAAGGCCCGCUGCCUUUACAAUUACCAUCCUGUUGAGUUCGAUGAUGAUGAAUUUGUCGAGGAGCCUGAAACCAAUCUUGAUCUACUCAACAGGCUCUGUGAGAAAUCAAUUGGUCACUACAAUCAGGAAAACAAGACAGCAUAUGAACUUGUCAAGCCUCUUUAUGCCAAUUUUCACGGGUCUAUUGGGAUCAUGUUUCUCUAACUUUCCAAGUCAAGGAUCCUGUU